AUGUCCGGCUGCACAGAUCAUAUUUUCGAAGAAUCAUUUUCCAAUUUCAAAUGGCCACUUUUUAUAAAUGUUAAAGAACAGGUACUGUUAGAUUUAACGGGUCAGCCAUUUAUUUAUACAUACGAAAAUAAUUGGACCAAUAUUAAACCCUUUAUCGUUCCUGUAUGUGAAGUUUUCAGUGACAGUAAAAAAUUCGUGCUUAUAGUAGUGAAAACUUCCCCUCAGCGUUUCGUGAAACGUGAAACAAUACGUGCUACUUGGGGAUCGCUUUCAAACUAUUCAGGAUUUACCAUCAGGACAGUGUUUGUUAUGGGUCGGAGCACUUUUAGUGAAGAAGAUGAACGGUUAAGUAAAGAAAUCAGUUCUUAUAAUGAUAUACUUAUGGGUGAUUAUCUUGACUCUUAUCGAAACAACACACUUAAGUUUUUGUCAUCGAUACAAUUCUCGUUUCAAUAUUGCAAUCAAACUGUUCCAUUUGCAUUUUUGGUGGAUGAUGAUUAUCUGGUUUUGGUUCGAAAUUUGAUCGAAGAAAUCAAAAAACAUGACUUACAUGACCAACUUUAUAUGGGUUGGAGAUUUGAUACACAGCCAUUUAGGAGCCUACUGUAUAAGCAUCGAGUAUCUCUCGCAGUUUAUCCAUACGAUCAUUAUCCACCAUAUAUAGCAGCAGGUGCUGUGUUACUUUCAUUACAGACUAUUCGCGAAAUGUAUUAUGCCAUACAGUAUGUAAAGCUUUAUUCAUUUGAUGAUGUUUAUGCUGGAAUAUUAGCGAAAUCUUUGCAUCUGCCUGUUCAACAUAACUCAAAUAUGCGUUUCUGGAGUGCAGAAGUUACUGCUGAAGAAGCGAGGACAUUAAUUUGUGCUCAUGGUUUUGAGGGCAAUUACCUGGAAACAGUCUACAAUAAAUUCAGAAAAAUCGGUUAUCCAUAA